AUGUUCAGGUUCUUGGAUAACCAAAUCCCCAGAGAACAGCAAAUUCCUUCGCCUGAACGAACAACCACAAAUCCUGUGACGCAGACAAGGACCAAGGUCUGCAGCAAAAAGGAAUGUGGCUCGCCGCAGGACCCCAAAAUUCCAACAAAACAUCAAGAAACAGGGCUUUCGCGUUUCAAACUUCGAAGUUUUCUAUCUGCCAUGGAUGUCUCCCCAACCGACGGCAUACAACGCCAACUUGAGAACAACCCGGCUAUACAGGAAGUUGCAUCCUCAAGUUCAACUGACAACCCCCAACAAUGCUUGAUUGGGGUACCCCAAUUCGUAUCCCAGUUCGGAUCCGCCAAGAAAACCGAUCUAUCAUGUGUGUCAGCGUUGGAAUCCACAUACUUUCAUCACGAACCCAACACCACCCACGGGGGCACCACAUCGUCACCGCACGAAUGGUUGACAAGUCCAACUCCCGAGCCCCCAAGUAACGAUUCAUACAUAGCCUCACCUGGCUACACAGACGAUAAUCUAGCUGGCAUGGUCUUGGCGAAUGACAUGAUACCCGCGAACGAACUGCCCCCACAAUGCACACCAAAUACCAUACAGCUGGGCUCCAGUCCUAAUUUCCUAGCCAACGAAGAGCUUGAAGCAUACAGGGAGACGCUCACUUCGGAAUACGUGACUUCGUGCCAAACAAACUUGGAUGUCGCAGUUGGGAAUUCGGAUUCCUUUUCCGAGUAUAGGACAUGCGCCGCAGAUGCAAGUAAGAGGUUAGGUAGUCUUCAAGCAGUGAACCAGAGCCUAGAUCCUGAUCAUGCUCCGGAAGGGUUAUCUUGCGAGAGCUUGAAUCCAAAAUCUUUGUCCCCGAAGGAGCUUUAUCUCUGCAGUUUCUUCCUUUGA